AUGGAAGAAUUUGGCUAUGCGUGGUUUCUCGACAAGAUUGACUGGAACACUCUGACCUUUCGGCAGCCUUAUGCGGCUCACAUGAUGUUCAUCCAUCGAUGCAGGCGGCAUAUCAUGCCCGAUACGGCCAAGUCCGGGACGUUCGCCUCGACUUCAUUCGGAUGGAUAAAGCCCGGCAGUUGGAUGAUCGAGUUCAGCGGCGUGCCAGCAUGUUUGGACUUUCUUGAGAAAUACCUCCGCCAGCUUUGCUUAUGUGCCUUCCGGAAAGAUGUCUUUCGUCACAUUAAGUCGGUCCUGGAUCCUGAGAAAGCCGAAGCCGCGUUGGCCGGCGAAGUCCCGCUGUGCUACGCCAGCAUCGGAAAGGUCCUCAAGAAGGAGUAUCGCCCACUUAACCUCGCUCAUGGUAACCGCCUCGGGGUCAAAAGCAUGGACGUUUUGUUUUCGUGGUUGUGGGGAUGGAAUGACAGUCAAUUCAAACGAGAAGGCUGGGAGGACAAGCCGUACCGCAUGCUCUUUCGGCAAAGCUUCUACGCCGUCGACACGGCUCGUGGUAAAGCCAGUGCUCGGACGUGGCGGCAGGAGCUCAAGAAGUCGUUCGUGCGGAACCAUUUCGUGGUUCCGUACCCUCAGCCCACCGGAUUUAUGCGCAAAGACAAAGACACAAAGGACUUUGUGUGGUGGCCGAGUUUUCAUCGGGGCCUCCACGCGUACUAUCGGCAGUUCCAGACCCAUGCCGCUCUCCCCGAUCCACUCCCUGCAUCUUACAUUAAGCAUCACCCUAGCGACGGGUGGCAGGUCGCCCCAGAUUCACUCCUUGACGACCAUAUGCCUUAUGUGGUGCAGCCGGAACAUCGGCUCCUCCAUCUCUCCGAAAGUGAGCUCUAUCAAGAGCUAGUUCGCCUCCGAGAGCAAUGGGUCACCCAAGGCCGGCCCGGUUUGCAGCAGAUUGCCCCACCCGUCAUGCCAGUCUUGGAAUUUAACCUUCGAUCAAUGGACUAUCUUGGACCGACAGCGAAAUGGUGUUCCAAGAAGCGAGGCUGGGUUGUGAAGCGAUUCGAGGAAUGCCGGACUGCCGGCGAGUGCAGUAUUUUUCUUCGCCAGGAGCUCGAAAAGUACGAAGCUCUUCAGCAUCAGCGACAGCUUCGGCGGCGCCGAAGUCGAAGGAACCCGCGGCCUGACUUCCACUCCGACUCGGAAUUAGACUUGUUUUCCGCGUCCGCGGAUGAGACAUCGGACGAAGAGAGUCUCGGAGCCCGAUGA